AUAUGCGACGCCUAGUGGCAGAUUGAGAAGACUCCGUCUCAAUCUAAAAUUUACAGAGGUUAUGUUGUGGAAAAUACUUAUAUUCUUGCACUUUGUACUGCAGAUUCCGUUUUUAAUAAUUUCAACAAAAAUUAAAAAAUGUCGUAUUUAACGAGAAAAGAGAUCGAUGAAAUGAAGCCACAAAUUGAAAAGGCCGUAAAUAAAUUUCUCGGCUUCGGUGAACCUGCUAUUGUUACUACGGCUGUCAAUUGUAUUACUUCUGGCUAUGAUAAACGUAAAACGGCAGAUAAACUAUCCGCUUUAUUAGAAGAUAAAAAAGCUUCCAAAUUAACAGAGAAGAUAUUUGCAAUAUACGAUGACAUCAAAGCUGCACAAAAAAGUAAAAAACGUAAUCAUGUGGAAGACAAGGAAAAGGAAAAAGAUGCUAAAAAGCCUAAGUUCAAAGAUGACGAAAUAAAAAAUGAAAAACCUGCAGAAACUCAACUAUCCGCAGACAAGAUAAGGCAAAUGAUGGCUAACGCCCAAAGAGAGAUAGAAGAAAGAAAAAGGGCAUUGAAAGCUAUUAAGCAAGAAGAAGUACUACCUGUGAGGCCUCUCUUUAAAGCCAGGGAUUCAUUGCCGAAUGUAGGCAGUAUGUAUAAUCAAGGUCUGUUAAGCAAAACAGAUUCUGAUAAAGCACGAAAAAUUGCUGCACUCCAAGCACAAAUCAGAAACAAAUUAAGUUCUGGAUUGCUUAGUAAUGUCGCAGUGCCAGACAAACCGACUCCUUUGAUCUUGGAUGAAUCAGGAAGGACCGUAGACAUAACUGGAAAGGAGGUACAACUUACGCAGGUAGUACCAACAUUGAAAGCUAAUAUUCGUGCAAAAAAGAGAGAAGAAUUUAAAGCUCAGUUGCAAGAAUCGAAAGGUCCAGAAGAAAUACAAGAUACGCACUUUUUUGAUACUAGAAUUGGAGUGAAACCAGCAGUACGUAAUAAGCGUUCUUUAAAAUUCCAUGAACCGGGUAAAUUCCAACAACUCGCGGAGAGAAUUCGUAUGAAAGCACAGUUAGAAAAACUUCAGAAUGAAAUUAGUCAAAUAGCUAGAAAGACUGGUAUAAGUUCGGCAACAAAAUUAGCGCUAAUAGCACCGAAAACGGAAGCUCUCAGCGAAGAUGUACCAAAUAUAGAAUGGUGGGAUUCUGUCAUAUUAACAGGUGGAUAUCCAAACGAGGAUGAACCAACGACGAUCAAAACCUCGACGAUUACAAAUUUAGUAGAACAUCCAACGCAAAUGCGACCGCCAACUGAUCCAUUGAAACCUAUCUACAUGCCUGUGUUUCUUACAAAAAAGGAAAGGAAGAAAUUGCGUCGUCAGAAUAGGCGAGAGGCGUGGAAAGAAGAACAAGAAAAAAUUCGUUUAGGAUUAGAACCUCCACCAGAACCAAAAUUACGUAUUUCAAACUUAAUGCGAGUCUUAGGUACCGAAGCAGUACAAGAUCCUACUAAGAUCGAAGCUCACGUACGACAACAAAUGGCCAAAAGGUUGAAGGCUCAUGAGGACGCUAAUGCAGCCCGACGAUUAACAGCUGAACAACGUAGAGAGAAAAAAGCGAGGAAACUCAAGGAAGAUACUAGCCUUGGAGUACAUGUGGCUGUUUAUAGAAUACGCGAUCUCGUGAAUAACGCAUCCAAAAAAUUCAAAGUUGAGACAAAUGCAAAACAGCUAUACCUUACUGGCUGUGUAAUGCUCUUCCGAGAUUGUAACGUCGUAAUCGUCGAAGGCGGAGCUAAACAACUUAGCAAAUAUAAACGAUUAAUGAUGCAUCGUAUCAAAUGGGAAGAGGAUAUCGUAAAGGAUAAUGAUGGAAAUGACGUUCCGAAUAAAUGCGUUCUCGUUUGGGAAGGAACGAGCAAGCAACGUCAUUUCGGUGAGAUAAAGUUCAAAGUGUGUCCAAUCGAAAAGAUGGCACGAGAACAUUUCAAAAAGCAUCAGGUUGAGCAUUAUUGGGAUUUGGCUUAUAGUGGAGCCGUUCUUGAUAAUACGGAUGAUAUUCCGAUCCGCAGAUUCUUCGCGUUGCUGGCGCUCGCUGAGAGUACGACCUUGCCGCCGAGGAUGCUACAAGAUUUGGGUAGGCGUACGAACGCCUCGAUGGAGAGGUAUGAUCAAGCGGAACGAAUGAUUCUGAAUUCGAAGACGCAUCUGAGUAGAGGUUCACCCUCGUGGUAUCUUGGUGCUUCUCAUGAGAUGACCAAAGAUGCUCAAAAUCUUUCAAGGAAAGCUUUACGGAUCGAAACGAUGUCUGUGAUGUUGGUAGAAGCUUUGAAUAUGUCUUCGAAGGAGGCCUCAUCUGUUCUACCUUCAGUCGCUGCAUUUGGCUGUUCAGAUCCCCCAAAUCUCUUGAAGAUCAUGUCUGAAUGUAAGAAGAUCGAUCCACGAUAUAGAUCAUUCACUGGAAGAUGUAACAACGUGUUACAUCCAACCUGGGGUGCUGCUUUAGAGGCCUACAUCAGGCUUCUACCACCAGAAUAUCAAGACGGAGUGUCUUUGCCACGAACCGAUUUACCUAGUUCCAGAGAAGUCUCUUCCAGUAUUCAUUCGGGUGGUCAAGAUCUGAAACAUCCAUAUCUGAUGGCACUUACAGCAUUAUUCGCCCAAUUUCUUGCUCACGAUCUAGCUCAUACACCUAGGAUGGAGCUACCGGAUGGUACCAGAUUGAAAUGUUGCGACGUUGAUUAUGAAAAUUUCCAUCCCGAGUGUUUCCCAAUUAAAGCUAAUAAUGCGAUCGGCUGUAUGGAGUAUUCUAGAUCUGCACCACAUCCUGGUAAUUCCUUACAAGCUUGCAAGCUGGGCCCACGGCAGCAGAUUAAUCAAGCCUCCUCUUACUUGGAUUUAUCUCCGCUGUACGGUAGCUCAGAGGAAAUAUCCAAAGCUUUGCGUUCGGGCAAAGGUGGCUUGUUGAAUACUCAAAGAAGAAAUUUACCGAUGCCAUCACCGGAGUCUGAAACUUGUAGAAGUGUGAAUAAAGCUUUCCCUUGUUUCCUCAGUGGUGAUUCCAGAGUAAACGAACAUCCUGGCUUAACACUGAUGCACGUAAUCUUUCUACGUGAACACAAUCGAGUAGCUGAGCAAUUGGCCAAGUUGAAUCCUCAAUGGGACGACGAGAAACUCUAUCAGGAAGCUAGAAGAAUCGUCAUUGCUGAAAUGCAACAUAUAACUUACAACGAGUUCCUACCUGUCAUAUUUGGAGAAACGGGUUUGGACAAAUUCGACUUGCGGCUAUCUCAAGAAGGAUACUUUCGAGGAUACGAUUCACGCACUGAUGCGACUCUUUCGAAUUCGGCAGCCUCAGCAGGUCUCUUUUUCGUUGCUGCACUCACACCAAAAACACUCGAUCUCGUGGACUCUAGAUCUGCCCUAAAAUCUGGGGAAAGGUCUCUUCUCUCGGCCUUCUACGCACCUCAAGAAUUGUACGAGGCGGGUGCAAUCGAUCGAUUGAUAGCAGGAGCUACAGCGGGACAUUCUAGGAAGCCUCUACCCCCCGGCUUGAACGAAAUCCUUCUGGAGCGAUAUUUCCAUGAUGGGAAGAGCAAUGACGUGGCCGUUGAUUAUGCUGCUCAAAUCAUCCAACAAGGCAGAGAUCAUGGUUUACCAUCUUACGUCAAAUGGCGAACGUUUUGCGGUUUACCAGACGUUACCACCUUUCAGGAUCUUAAAGGCACGAUAGCCAAGGACAUCAUCGAAAGAUUACGACUAGUUUACAAAAAAGUUGAAGAUAUAGAUUUAGUGACAGGAAUACUCUCGGAAGCACCAGUAACUAAUUCGGUCCUUGGACCAACUUUUCUCUGUUUGCUAGGACGUACCUUCCGAAAUGUUCGUUUGGGCGAUAGGUAUUGGUACGAGAAUGCUAACACGCCAGGAUCCUUCAUGAUAAAACAAUUAGAAGAGAUUCGUAAAAGUACGAUGGCGCAAGUUCUAUGCAACAACGGAGAUCACUUGAAAUUAAUGCAACCAAGAGCAUUCAUUUUGAGAGAUCCUUUCUUAAAUCACAUGACAAAUUGUACAGAACACAUAAACAUAGGCCCAAAUCUGAUGUUAUGGAAAGAAAAGGAAGACACUUUUUAAGUUUUUUCAAUUCGAUCGAACGUAAUAACCAUUGAUCGUGAUCACUAAUUCUGUUCCUGACUUUACUAAAGAAUGUAAGAUUACCUAAUGCUCUAGAGAGAAGCGCGUUGUGUUUUUUUAUUAUUAU